ACGUCACGAAGUUUGAGUGUUUCUUGAGCAAUGCACAUGUGUAUAUCAAGCACAAGUUGACUGCCAUAUAGGCUAUAAUUUGAAAGAUGGCACCACCCCUGAGUCCUCAGGAGACUGUGGGUCAGAUACAGACCUUCAAAUCAUAUGUUGCUCUUAUUGCUGAUCCUACGACAGGUGUAGAAAAGAAAUUAAAAGCAGCCCAAGAGCUUAGUGAAAACUUUGAGACAGUGACGUCAUCCCCUCAAUAUCAACAAUUCUUGCAAGAUGCAAUGCGUGUAUUUCUCAAGAUUUUACAAGAUGGCGAACCUCAAUUUGUGGCAGAGCAGAACAAUCAACAAUUACGCAAACUCCUACUUGAAAUUCUUCAUAGGAUUCCAACCAAUGAGCAUCUCCGGCCUUACGUUAAACAGAUUCUACCAAUCAUGUUUGGUCUCCUUGAGAAAGAGAAUGAAGAAAAUGUAUUGGUUGCAUUGCGGAUCAUUAUGGAGCUUCAUAAACAGUACAGGCCACAGAUGAACCAAGAGAUUCAGAAAUUCUUGCAUUUUGUCAAGACAAUCUACAAGGAACUCCCAAACCACCUAGCUAAGAUAUUUGAGCCUCGUGCACAAGUAAAAGUUAAAGAAAUGUCUGAGGUGAAUGUGGAAACAAUGCUUGCAGAGACCUUCACCAUGACAACGAUUAUGACUGAUAAAAAGAAUUCUGAUGGUCAACAGGUAUCGUGCAAUAUAAUCCCCAGAGCAGUGCUAUCGCUGAAGGUCCUAGCAGAACUGCCAAUCAUAGUGGUGCUGAUGUAUCAAUUAUACAAACAGAGUGUACACAGUGAUGUUGCAGACUUCAUACCUCUCAUUAUGAACACUAUCAUUCUCCAACCAUCCCCACAACACAGAGGAAACCCAGCCUUCAAUAAAGAGGUUUUUGUGGACUUUAUAGCUGCCCAGAUCAAAACACUAUCCUUCCUUGCAUACAUUAUUCGCAUGUAUCAGGAAAUUGUGAACACACAUUCCCAGCAGAUGGUGCGCGGAAUGCUACAGUUGUUUACUCUUUGUCCACUAGAGGUCGCUCAUCUGAGGAAGGAGCUACUUAUAGCAGCACGUCAUAUACUCGCAACUGAUCUCAGAAAUCGGUUUGUUCCACACAUUGAUAAGCUGUUUGACGAGAACAUUCUGAUUGGAUCUGGCUGGACAACGCAUGAGUCACUCAGGCCACUGGCUUAUAGCACCCUAGCUGACUUAGUGCACCAUGUGAGGCAGUCCUUGCCUCUUAAUGAACUCUCCAUGGCAGUGAAUCUCUUCUCCAAGAAUGUCCAUGAUGAAACUCUACCCAGCAACAUUCAGACAAUGUCCUGUAAAUUAUUAUUGAAUCUCGUAGAAUGUAUUGGUCAGCGUAGUGAACAGGAAACUGGAAAUGGCCGGGAAUUGUUGAUGAGAAUGUUAGUCGUGUUUGUGAUGAAGUUUAAAACUAUAGCAGAACUACAGCUACCUGCUAUUAUGUCUAAAUGUCGCCCCACCAAUGAUUCAACAAGCAAGACCCCCACCCCUCCACCUACUAUUGAGAUCAAGAAAGAGCCAGAUGUGAAAGAUGAUAAACCUGGAACUACAGUUACUGACUCGAAAGAUGAAAAAGAAAAGACUGGUAAAGGGGCCAAUUACUCUGUUUCUGACUGUAGGAGCCUGGUGAAAACAUUAGUCUGUGGGGUGAAAACAAUAACUUGGGGGACAGCCUCAUGUAAAGCUCCUGGCACAGAUGCCACAUUUACACAGAACAAGCAGUUCCUCCCCAAGGAGACACUUGUGUUUGUCCGCCUUGUGAAGCAUGCAUUGAAGGCUUUAGAUAUCUACACAGUUAAUAUGACAGCAGCUGGUCAAGCCUACAUCAGACCUGCCAACGUACAGACUGUUCGCAUGAAGGAAGAAAAGGAAGUGUUGGAACACUUUGCAGGAGUGUUUACCUUGAUGAAUCCUAAUACGUUCCGUGAGAUUUUCUCUACAACUGUGGAGUAUAUGGUGGAGAGGAUACAUCAUAACUAUGCCCUGCAAAUUGUGGCCAACUCAUUCUUAGCUAACCCCACCACAUCUGCUACAUUUGCUACAAUCCUCGUAGAAUAUCUGUUGAAGCGUCUCGAAGAAAUGGGAUCUAACAUGGAGAGGUCCAAUUUGUAUCUGAAGUUAUUCAAGCUGGUAUUUGGUUCUGUCUCAAUCCUAGCAGCUGUUAAUGAGCAGAUGUUAAAGCCCCACCUUCAUACUAUUGUCAACAAGUCUAUGGAGCUAGCAAUGACUGCUAAAGAGCCAUACAACUACUUCCUCUUGUUGCGAUCUCUAUUCCGCUCGAUAGGAGGAGGAAGUCAUGAUCUGCUAUACCAGGAGUUCUUGCCGCUAUUACCCAACCUUCUCCAGGGGUUGAAUAGUCUACAGAGUGGGUUACAUAAGCAGCACAUGAAGGAUUUGUUUGUAGAGUUGUGUCUCACUGUUCCUGUAAGGUUGAGCUCUUUGCUCCCUUAUUUACCCAUGUUGAUGGACCCCUUAGUUUCAGCGUUGAAUGGUUCACAGACACUUGUUAGUCAGGGAUUACGUACUCUAGAGCUAUGUGUUGACAACCUCCAACCCGACUUCCUGUAUGACCACAUACAACCUGUACGUGCCGAGCUGAUGCAAGCAUUGUGGCGUACACUACGCAACCCACAUGAUCAGAUUGCUCAUGUUGCAUUCCGUGUGCUUGGAAAGUUUGGUGGCGGAAACAGGAAGAUGCUGAGGGAGCCUCAAUCAUUGACGUAUAAUGAGCGGGAGACUGUUGGACCGUGUAUCACUGUUUAUUUCCAAGAUGUUAAAACUCCAAUUUCCUUACCAGUUGAAAAGAGCAUUGAGGUUGCUCUUGGAGCUCUCAAGUCCAGCAGCACGGAGGCCUUCUAUCGCAAACAGGCCUGGGAUAUGAUCAGAUGUUACCUUGUCUCCAUGAUGAACCUUGAGGACGAUAAACAAGCUCUUACACAACUCUUCACCCAUCCUAGUUUCACAGAAAAGGAUGUUCCGAUACCCCAUAUACCCUUGUAUCGCACUACAGAUGGCCAUGCCCGCAUAGUCCAGGAGCAAGCCCUUACUGGCAUGUUUGUUGCAGCAGCUAUAAAGGAUUUAAGACCAGCUGUACUUCCAUUCAUGGCAUCCAUUGUGCGUCAUUAUACCAUGGUUACGAUACCGCAACAAUGUGGACCAUUUCCUAUUAGUGGGGAGAAGCAGACUAAGCUACAGGGGAUGGACCCCCAGGUGCUCAUUGACGCCCUCUCUGUCAUUAUGGGCCAUGAGGAGAAGGAGUUGUGCAAGCCAGGACACCUAGCUUUGGUUCUCAUCCUGGACACUGCCACAACGAUCCUAGGAUCUAAGGAAAGGGCAUGUCAGCUGCCUAUCUUUGACUACCUGGUGGAGAAGAUGUGUUCACUGUGCUAUGAUAGGGCUUGGUAUGCGAAGCUUGGAGGAUGUAUUGCUAUCAAGUUUAUGUUUGAGCGUAUGUCCAGAUGUUGGGUGUUUGAUCAUCAGUUCCUCUUCCUUAAGGCCUUUCUCUUCGUCAUGAUGGAUCUCACCAAUGAGGUGUCAAGUGGAGCCUUAGAUAUGGCCAAGUCUAACUUAGAACAGAUGUUGACAAUGUGUGCCAAGCCAAUCCCAGCAGAGGAAAGCACAGAAGAACUACUCUCCACACAGAGCAAAUCUGUGUUUGAUGUAACACAUGAGCUGGUGCGCCAGGUGACGUCACCAAACACGCUGGUGAGAGAACAGUCCAUGUAUGCCUUGAAGGUUCUGUCUAAGACAAUGGAUAAGACAAUCACUGAUAUAAUGGAGCCACAUAAGGAUGUACUCCAAGAUAUGAUCCCACCUAAGAAACAUCUGCUGAGGCACCAGCCUGCUAAUGCCCAGAUAGGACUCAUGGAUGGGAACACAUUCUGUACCACGUUAGAGCCAAGGUUGUUUACUAUAGAUCUGAACAUUGUUAAGCAUAAGGUCUUCUUCACUGAGCUGUUGAACCUUUGUGAGGCUGAGGACCAAAUACUGUUAAAGCUGCCAUGCUAUAAAUCAGUCACUAAUCUGGUGCCACUCAGGACGAGUGCAAUGAAAGCCCUAGCUGCUUGCCACUACAACUCACAAUACAGAGAGAAGAUAUUCAGUGUUCUCUACAAAACACUCAACUCAACCAACAGUGACCUCCAGGAGGCUGCCUUUGAAUGUAUGAAGAAGUUCAUUGCUGGUAUCCAGAUCGACAUGGAGCAGGUGCACCUUGCAAUGAGACCACUGUUGUUGCAGCUCGGGGAUUAUCGCAGCCUCAAUCUGAAUGUGAUACAGAGGCUGACAUAUCUGACGCAACUUUUCCCAAAUACUUUCAAUGAGAAACUAUGCGAACAAUUGCUGGCCCACCUGAAGAAAUGGAUGGAUGUGGCAGUGAUAGCACAGAAGGGGGGACAAGCAAGAAAUAAUGGCCAAGUCAUCUCAAACGAGAUGAAAACUUGUGCUGCAAUCAUCAACAUCUUUCACUUGAUCCCUGCAGCCUCACAGAAGAUGCUUGAACCCCUCACAACUCUGUCACUCAAGGGAGAGAAGGCACUUCUCAUUGAGGCUGGAAGUCCUUUUCAAGAACCACUGAUGAAGUUCCUUUUACGUUAUCCCUCAGAGACUGUUGAGUUGUUUCUAUCUGAGGCUAACAUAACAGUACCAGAGUAUAACAGGUGUUUCCAGACUCUGUUGAAGAAGGAAGAUGGAAAGAUAUUCCGAGAUAGUCUCCAGGCCAACCCCCAGAGACUGAUCACCAUGGCAUUUGGUCAGCUGACACCCCCCAGUGACCCAGCCACACAACCUUUGAACCCAGCAACCAACAAGAUCGAUCUGCAGUAUCAGGCGAUAUGUUACGUAAACAUCCUUGCUUCAUUUGACGUGGAUUGGCUGUCCAAGAAUUCCAAACUGGUGGCCAACCUAUUAAAGAUCUGGAUUUCUGAAGCAUUCCACUCACGACACAAGAAGAUUGAUGCGGUAGACUUUGAGCAUUGGAAAGAACCACGCUUAUUGGUGGAAUGUCUCCUCAGUUACUUCAAGCUGCACACCAAUGAAAUAGAGCUGAUGUUCCAGAUUCUCCGCUGCUUCUCCUUCAGAUAUAUCCCACAAUUCCACUUCGUCAGUGACUUCCUUGAGGAUGUCAUAGCCCAGACAUACACUGUGGACUGGAAGAGGAAAGCUUUCUUCAAGUUUGUAGACAUUUUCCAUGAACCAAAGUGGCCUCAGGAUCUAAAGGCUAAGGUGCUACAGUACAUCCUUAUUCCAUGCUUUACUGUCUCCUUUGAAAAGAAUGAGGGAGAGAAAUUGAUAGGUGGACCCCCAGUACCAGACCAGGACAAUUCAGAAAACAUCAUAAGUGUCUUUAUCAAUAAAAUCAUUGACCCUGAUAAUCCAUUUGGGACUUCUGAUGCUGUCAGGAUACUACUGUUGCAAUUUUCAUCACUUUUGGUCAGUCAGGCUUCACCACACAUACAUGAUGCAGCAAAUAAGAAACAUGGGAACAAACUAAGGCGUUUAAUGACUUUUGCAUGGCCAUGUUUGCUUCCUAAAAACUGUGUAGAUCCAGCUACUAAAUACCACGGCCAUCUUCUGUUGUCACACAUCAUUGCAAAGUUUGCCAUUCACAAAAGGAUUGUUUUGCAAGUGUUCCACAGCUUACUGAAAGCCCAUGCUCUUGAGGCCCGAAGUGUUGUAAAACAAGCUUUAGAUAUUCUUACCCCAGCAAUGCCAGGACGUAUGGAGGAUGGAAAUAUGCUCACACAUUGGACAAAGAAGAUCAUAGUGGAGGAAGGUCAUACUGUAGCCCAGCUCCUACAUAUACUACAACUGUUAGUGCGUCACUACAAGGUCUACUACCCAGUAAGGCACCACCUCAUACAGCACAUGGUUGGCUCUAUACAGAGGCUGGGAUUCACCCCCAGUGCUACAAUGGAACACCGCAAACUGGCUGUAGACCAGGCAGAGGUAAUCAUCAAGUGGGAGGUGCAAAGAGUCAAGGAAGAGGCAGAGGGAUCUUCAGAUCCUGCUGUAUUAGAGACCAGUGGCGCCAGCGCCUCCAUAAAGAGAACUGCAUCUGUAGAUUCACCACAGGAGGCUAAACGUAUAAGACAUUCAUCAGAGGCUAGUGCCAAAAGUAGUGGAGGCGGGACCGAUGUCACCAAACCCAUAGACAAACAGUAUUGUGACGCAGUUGUCAACUUUCUUCUAAGAAUCGCAUGUCAGGUGAAUGAAGCAUCAACCACCAUUGGGUCACCAGGCGAGAUUCUCUCCCGUAGAUGUGUCACUCUGUUGAAGACAGCCCUUAAGUCAGACGUGUGGCCCAAUGCUGAAUUGAAACUUGGAUGGUUUGAUAAACUACUUAUGUCUGUAGAGACUCACCAGCCAAACUUUGCGAAUAUCUGUACUGCUCUGGAACUGCUGCGGUUUUUGCUUGAUAUCUUGAAGACUGACGUGAUCCUGCCAAGUUUCAAGCCUCUACAGCGAGGUAUAGCUGCCUGCAUGACGUGCCCAAACUCUAAGGUGAUACGAGCUGUACAUAGCCUCCUGUCCCGAUUGAUGAGCAUUUUCCCAACAGAGGCCGCCACUAGCAAUGUAGCCUCCAAAUAUGAAGAGCUUGAAUGUCUUUAUGCAUGCGUCAGUAAAGUGGUUUAUGAAGGACUUGCUAACUAUGAAAAAUCCAAUAAUGGCUCCCCAUCCCAGCUAUUUGGUACAUUGAUGAUCUUGAAGGCAGCGUGUAUGCACAACCUUAGCUACAUAGAUAGGCUCAUAGGGACUUUUAUGAGGGUCUUGCAGAGAAUGGCCAGAGAGCAUCUCACCCCCUCAUCAGCUGAGACUAGCCCAGUCGCAAGUGAGCUACUGAUUCUGAGCCUUGACUUAGUGAAGAACAGAGUGGGGAGGAUGACAAUGGACAUGCGAAAAGGAUUCAUCGGGACCAUCCUCGUUGGCCUUAUAGACAAGACUCCUGAUGCCAAGGUCAUGAAGGCUAUCACCCGUAUGGUGGAAGAUUGGGUGAAAAUAAAGACACCUCUUGCCAUCAGUCAGUCACCAUCACCAAGAGAAAAGGCGAUCCUAUUGGAUAAGCUAAUGAAACAUGUUGAGAAACGGUUCCCCGAUGACACUGACCUCCAUGCACAUUUCCUUGAACUUGUCAACUAUAUCUAUAGGGACGAAACUCUUGCUGGGUCUGAGUUGACGUCAAAAUUAGAACCUGCGUUUCUUGCGGGUCUUCGAUCAUCGCAGCCCUCCAUCAGACAUAAAUUCUUUGAGGUAUUUGAGAACAGUAUCAGACGUCGCCUCUAUGACCGUACGCUCUAUAUCACUUGCUCACAGAACUGGGAAGCUAUGUUGGGGCACUACUGGAUCAAACAGUGCAUACAGUUAUUGCUUGGCUGUGCUGUUACUGGUUGUUCCAUUCAGAGUGCAUCCUCCCUAUGUUUGCUGCCAUCAUGUAAAUCUGUAGUGAGUCUCGCUGACAGUCAUGACCGUGCUGCUUUUGCCAUGGUGGCCAAUCUUAAGGAGGAACCAAUGGAUGUGGAGACAAUUGAACAGCAGAAAGAAGAGGAUGAGAUCGACAUUGAGUUGUCUGAGGAGUCAUCAGAUGCUACCAGCCUUAGCAAGGAAGUGGUGGUCAAGAAGGAUCAAGUAGAUAACAAACAAGGACUUCAACUUCUCAUUCAAAGACAGGCAAAGUUCUUGGAACAGUGCAGAGAUGUCAAGACUAUCUCCUUCCUGUCAGCACUUUCUCAGAUCUGCCACAGUUCUGUUCCUCUCUCCAACAGUAUAUGGGUGCACCUCUUCCCACGUAUCUGGCAGAUCUUCACUGAGAAACAGCAGCAGGGUUUGGCAGGUGAAUUGGUACCAUUCCUAUGUAGUGGGAGCCAUGCUAUACAGAAGGACUGCCACCCAAGCUCAGCACAUACAUUCGUUGAAGGCAUAGCAUUGUGUCAUCCACCCAUACCCAUACGUCCACCAGUUCUCAAGUACCUUGGACGUACCCACAACUUAUGGCACAGGGCUUGCCUCAUGCUUGAGCAAAGUGCUAUUGAGAAUGGAUUAGGAACGCUGAGCAAGCCAAAACCAGGGAGUGAAUAUGAGUUUGAGCCAGUUCAGUCCCCUCAACAGGAGACAUUAGAUGCCCUAUGUGACCUGUAUGCCCUACUGAAGGAGGAAGAUAUGGCUGCUGGUCUGUGGCUGAAAAGGGCAAAGUACACUGAAACAAAUACUGCCCUUGCCUAUGAACAACAUGGAUUCUUUGAACAAGCACAGACAAACUUGGAAGCGGCAAUGUCAAAGGCCCGAGCUGAGCAUAACUCUGGACCAGCAUCUCCAUCUAUAAUGCCUGAGUACAAACUGUGGGAGAAUCAUUGGAUAAAGUGUUGCAAGGAGCUUAACCAGUGGGAUUUACUCCUGGACUAUGCCAAUGCCAAGGGGAAUACUAACCCCCAUCUAGUGCUGGAGAGUGCAUGGAGGGUACCAAAUUGGGGUCUCAUGAAGGAGGCCUUGGCCCAGGUGGAGCUGAGCUGCCCCAAGGAGAUGACGUGGAGGGUGAAUCUCUACAGGGGUUAUAUAGCUAUCUGUCACCCAGAGGACCAUCAUCUUAAUAUGAUUGAGAAGAGGGUUGAAUUAUCCAGUAACUUAGCCAUCAAGGAAUGGCGUCGUCUUCCAAGCAUUGUCUCCCAUAUACAUGUUCCUUUAUUACAGGCUGCUCAGCAGAUUAUGGAACUGCAAGAGGCUGCCCAGAUUAACCAAGGCCUCCAACCAGCUAACAUUGGUCGCCAAUCAAGUCUACAUGACAUGAAAGCCAUCGUGAAAACCUGGAGAAAUCGUCUGCCAAUGAUCAGUGAUGAUUUAUCACACUGGAGCGACAUCUUUACAUGGAGGCAACAUCAUUAUCAAUUCAUUGUUAACCACUAUGACUCACAUUCUCAGCAUGACCCUAACACUAACCACUCAAUGCUAGGUGUACAUGCAUCAGCCCAAGCCAUUAUUCACUAUGGGAAGAUAGCCAGAAAACACCACCUUACUGGUGUCUGCCUGGAUUCACUUAGUCGUAUACAUACUAUACCUAGUGUACCCAUAGUAGACUGUUUCCAGAAGAUAAGACAACAGGUGAAGUGUUACCUGCAGAUGUCUGGAGUGUUUGGUAAGAAUGAACUCCAGGAGGGUCUGGAGGUGAUAGAGUCCACCAAUCUGAAAUAUUUUACCAAGGAGAUGACUGCAGAAUUCUAUGCACUCAAAGGAAUGUUCCUCGCUCAGAUUGGAAGGUCUGAAGAUGCCAACAAGGCAUUCUCAGCUGCCGUUCAGAUGCAUGACGUCCUUGUGAAAGCCUGGGCACUUUGGGGUGACUACCUAGAGUCAAUAUUUGUUCAUGAAAAAAGCAUCCAUCUUGGAGUGUCGGCCAUUACAUGUUAUUUGCAUGCGUGCAGACACCAGAAUGAGAGCAAGUCUCGAAAGUAUCUCGCGAAAGUUCUUUGGUUGUUGACCUAUGAUAACGAAGAGUCAACCCUGGCAGAGGCUGUUGAUAAAUACUGUAUAGGAGUGCCUCCAAUACAAUGGUUGCCAUGGAUUCCUCAACUUCUGACAUGUUUGGUUCGUAACGAGGGUCGCCUCAUUCUGAACCUACUCAGUCAGGUGGGUCGUAUGUAUCCCCAGGCUGUCUACUUCCCCAUACGCACACUGUACCUCACCCUGAAGAUAGAGCAAAGGGAGAGAUAUCUGUCGGAUAAGAGUGGAGAAUUGGCUGCCACUAGGAGUAGUAGCCCCACCCCACCUACCAGCAGCGCCACCCCUGGGCCCACUGAGACUGCUACAGAUAUGGUGGGGGUAGAGUCUGUCACAGGUCCUCCUCCUACCCCGUCAUCUGCCACACCCACCUCAACUCCUGCAACAUUAGACCUGGGACAGAGUAGUGCCAGUGCUUCUAUGUCUGGUAGUAAUAUGCCAGGCCAAAGUAUGGCUGGCACUUCUGAAACUGGACCCAUCAAAGCCACUGCUCCUAUGUGGAGAUGUAGCCGCAUCAUGCACAUGCAGCGAGACCUCCAUCCCACAAUUCUUUCCUCACUAGAGGGCAUUGUUGAUCAGAUGGUCUGGUUCAGGGAAAACUGGUACGAAGAGGUCCUGCGGCAGCUCCGUCAAGGUCUCACUAAAUGUUGUGCUGUUGCAUUUGAAAACCGAGGGGCUGUGACGGAAGCCACAAUUACCCCACAUACGCUAAACUUCGUCAAGAAGCUGGUCAGCACAUUCGGCGUUGGCAUUGAGAAUGUAUCUAGUGUGACUACGACAUUCUCAAGUGCAGCGUCUGAAUCAUUGGCUCGACGUGCUCAGGCUACGGCCCAAGAUCCAGUGUUUCAGCGAAUGAAGAGCCAAUUUACGACAGACUUUGAUUUCAGUGUCGCGGGAUCUACGAGACUUCACAAUCUCAUCAACAAACUGAAGAAAUGGAUUAAAAUCUUGGAGGCAAAGACUAAACUUCUACCUAAAUGGUUCCUUAUUGAGGAGAAAUGUCGCUUCCUCAGUAACUUCUCUCUCAGCACAGCAGAGGUUGAGCUGCCUGGGGAGUUCCUGCUUCCCAAACAUAGCCAUUACUAUGUUAAGAUUGCACGUUUCAUGCCACGGGUCGAGAUCGUCCAGAAGCACAAUACAGCAGCACGUCGGCUCUACAUCAGAGGGCAUAAUGGUAACAUAUACCCAUAUUUGGUCGUAAAUGAUGCAUGUUUGACGGAGUCACGUCGUGAAGAACGGGUGCUGCAAUUAUUGAGGAUGGCGAACUUGUUCCUUGGGAAGCAGAAGGAAACGUGUAGGAGACUGUUACAUUUCACAGUUCCUCGCGUGAUUGCCGUGUCACCGCAGAUGAGAUUAGUGGAAGAUAAUCCUGCCUCUGUAUCUUUACUAGAUGUAUAUAAACAGCGCUGUAUGAAACGAGAUAUAGAGCAUGAUGCACCAAUAGCUAGGUACUAUGAGAGGCUAGCGACAGUGCAGGCCAGGGGGUCUCAAGCCAGUCACCAGGUGCUUAGGGACAUCCUCAAGGAGUUUCAGACUAACAUGGUCCCCAGGGGCCUUAUGAAAGAAUGGGCCUGCCAUGCUUUCCCAAAUGCGACUGAUUAUUGGACAUUUAGAAAAACUUUCACGAUCCAGUUAGCGUUAUCUGGGUUUGCAGAGUUUGUACUGCACUUGUCCCGUAUGAACCCAGACAUGAUGUAUUUACACCAAGACUGUGGAUAUCUCAAUGUGGCAUACUUCAAGUUUGACAUUGAUGACCAAUCAGGAGAGCUUGAUGCCAACAGACCCGUGCCAUUUCGGUUGACGCCAAACAUCGCUGACUUCCUUACAAGUACAGGUGUCUCAGGACCACUUACUGCUUCAAUGAUCUCCGCUGCCAGGUGUCUCGUACAGCCACAAUAUAAACUAACUAGUCUGCUUCGGGCCAUACUCAGGGAUGAGUACAUUACAUGGCAUAAAAAGAAGCAUGAUGAAACCAACCCUGGCUCACAGCCUGUGGACAUGGAGGGAGAGACUCUCAUAGCCAUGGUCAACAAAGCUGUUUCUGCAAUCUCAACAAGACUACAAAAUUUGGCAACAUUUGAUGGUGCUGAGAGCCGUGUGAGUACAUUAGUUGCUGCUGCAAAUAGUCAUGACAACCUGUGUCGAAUGGACCCUGCUUGGCAUCCUUGGUUGUAAGAGACAGUUGGCUUGACAACUUGUGUCAAGUUGACCCUGUGUGGCAUCUUUGGUUGUUGAAGAGACAGUUACCAUGGUAACCUAUGUCAAAUUGACCUGGUGUGGUGUCUUUGGUUGAAAGAGGCAGCAGUCAUGACAACCUGCAUCAAGUGGACCCUACGUGGGUUAAAGGAGAGACAGUACUCAUGACAACCUGGAUAGAAAGGACCCUACUUUUCUAAGUUAGGGUGAGACAAUUGUCAUGAUAACCAAUGUCAAUUUGACCCUGUGUGACAUCUUUGAUUUUAGGAGAGACAGUUGUCAUGACAACCAAUGUCAAAUUGACUCUGUGUGGUAUCCUUGGUUCUAGGAGAUACAGGAGUAGUCAUGACAACCUGUGUCAAAUUGGUUGUAAAAACAAUACCCUAGUCAUCAUAACACACCUAGUAAUGCUGUCAUGAUGGCAGUGAUCAUAUAACCAAUUGCAUCAAUGCUAGGGGUAUAGGAAACCCUAUUUGAGAAAUGAAUUUAUUGUAAGAGAAGUAACGUAAAGACAUUCUUAAGGAAAUGUAUAUGCAAUUAAUUCAUCCAGUAGGUCUGGUACAUGUAAAAAGAAUUAAGUCAUCGACAGUAUGAAUACGGGUGAAUGCCACAUAAACACUAAUACUCAAAAGAAAACUUUCUCUUAAAUGUCAUUUAUUUUGUAUUUGAUUGUGAUACUUAAGCAUGUUUUACAGAUGGCUGUCUUUUGAAGUAUAUGGAAUCAAUGUAGUUUGAAUAACUAUUAUUAUUAUGAUCUAUAGCAGUACCUUUGAUACCUGAUAUUGUAAUAUACAGGUACAUUAUAUUUAGAAUUUUCAGAAUUGGAUAAAAUUGAGUCAUUGAAGUUACAAAGUGGAUCAAUUUGUCCUUAUUUUUCAAGGGUAAUUAUACGCUUAACCCCCCCCCCCCCCC